GAGCCCAACGAAGCCCAAUUGCUUCUGCAACGGAGCAACUUUUGCCCGAUCGUUCGGAGCUCGAGAGCUCGAGACGGCGGAGGGCGGCGAUCGUCGAUCCGGCGAGAUGGCGGCGGCGGAGGAUGGAGGAGCCGGAGGACGAGCGGGGCCCGUCGGGAUCGGGGCCGGGAUCGAGAGCCACUGGUGGUGGGCGAUGGGCGGCGCCGCCCAGCUCGGGUGGGGGAUAGCGUCGUGCCUGAGGGGCUACGCCGGCGGCCCGGGCCUCAUGCCCCUGAAGGCCGCCGGCGUCGCCUCCCUCUUCGUCGGCGCCACCGCCUGCGCCUCCGUCGCCGCCCUCCACGCUUCCGGAAUCCGCAAGGUUGAAGAUCUCAUUGAGUUAGGUGCUAAUAUAAGGACUAGCCUCGGGAAUCCUCCAGCUGCGCAGCUGAAUGAAAGGAAAUCGGAUGAUCAAUGACAAGAGUCUCGAUGGUACAUGGCAAGAGCACGUACAGAAACUCCAGUUACCUAACCAAAGUGACUUUAGGAAUGAUGGUGACUAUAUAAUGGCGUGCGAUCCCUCUUCAUCCGAUCGAAGUGCCUUUUUGAUGCCCGUUGCACAUCAGAUCAUUAAUUCCAUUUAUAUCUUGCACUCAUCUUUUGGCAGAGCGACACUUUUGGGCUCUUCCGUGUGUCAUUUAGUCAAUAACUAGUAUUUUUGAGCAGCAAGUACAAGAUAACUACGAUGUCGUUGCUCAUCUGCUGCUACAGAUGCGAGUACUAACAUGGGACGGGCAAAGCACUUGCAUGAAUCAUGAUUGUUUGGUUUCUCAGGUGAUGAAGCAAAGCUUCAUGCUUGAGAUUCUCUUUGGGGAGCAGCAUGUUAGGCUGUGCACAGCCAUUCAUCAGAAAACUGUUGAGUGUGUUUUGGACAUCUUAAGUUCUUAACCAAAUGUAAUCUCCCAACUAGAUAUUGUCAAGAGGGCUCUUCGUAUGUUGACAUGCUUUGGGCACUGUUCAAA